AUGAGCAACAAAGCGCAGCAGCCUGAUCAGUCCACCAACCAAGAGGACCCCAACUGGGCACCCACACCACGCGCCCACGCCCAAUACCAGCGCCGCCCCUCCUCCUCCUCCUCCCCCUCCACCUCCGAUUCCUCAGCACCCGGCGAAAAAGAGGAAGAAGAAGAGGAGGAGGAAGAGGAAGACGAGUACGAGAAACGGAUCGAACGGACAGGAUGCGCUGUCGAGAACGAGGCCUUGCAGUUGUGUUAUGCCGAGAAGCAUGAUUGGCGGGCUUGUAAGGAUGCUAUGGAGGCGUUUCGGGAUUGCUGGAAGCGAAAUGGGAAUGUCCAAACUGAGUAG